UCCGGUUGCGCCUCUAGUGAGAGGGAGGUGUGGUUAUCAGUUUCUCCAGUGAAGGGAGGAGCUGGCUCCGCACAAAAAUGCAGCAUUUCACCAGCCCCCAUGCAAUAAUCGGGUAAACCACAAUUUUUGUUAAAACACUAAUCUCAAAGAUGUCCCCCUGUUAGCGUGAUCCAUGCAUUUGUGGAUCUUCUCUGCCUUGAGUGGGCGAGCAAACGCGAGGAGCACCAUCAGUGUCGCCAAAUAUGAUGGCAUCUCUGUGGUAGGAUGAGAAGUUCAGUGCCACGUUUCAGGGACGUCGAGAGGCAGGCCAGUGGGCUGCAGCCUGUACAGUGUCUUCCUCCCUGUCAUGAGCGACAGAAUAGCAUGUGGUUCAUCAAAGAUGCCUGCGGCAUCGUUUGUGCGAUCAUCACCUGGCUUCUCGUCUUCUUUGCUGUGUUCGUCGUGCUGUUCGUCAUGCUGAUUCCAUCGAAGAACCUCACCUACAGCCUGGUGAAUGGCACACUCUUCAACAGCCUGGCCUUCCUUGCCGUGGCAUCUCAUUUCAGAGCCAUGUGCACUGACCCGGGAGCCGUGCCAAAGGGCAACGCCACAAAGGAGUACAUCGAGAGCUUGCAGCUGAAGCCAGGCCAGGUGGUUUACAAAUGUCCCAAGUGCUGCAGUAUUAAGCCGGACAGAGCUCACCACUGCAGUGUUUGUAAGCGUUGUAUACGGAAGAUGGAUCAUCAUUGCCCUUGGGUAAACAAUUGUGUCGGGGAAAGUAACCAGAAGUACUUUGUGCUUUUCACAAUGUACAUUUCCCUGAUCUCUUUGCAUGCCUUGGUCAUGGUGGUCUUUCACUUUCUCUACUGCUUUGAAGAUGACUGGACAAAGUGCAGUACCUUCUCCCCUCCAGCCACUGUCAUCCUCCUCAUCCUCCUGUGCUUUGAGGGCCUCCUCUUCCUCAUCUUCACCUCUGUGAUGUUUGGCACCCAAAUCCAUUCCAUCUGCACAGAUGAGACGGGCAUAGAGCAGUUGAAAAAGGAAGAGAGAAGAUGGGCUAAAAAAACAAAAUGGAUGAACAUGAAGGCGGUAUUCGGACACCCCUUCUCGAUAGCAUGGUUUAGCCCAUUUUCCACACCCGACCACGGGAAAGCUGACCCCUACCAGUAUGUGGUCUGAGCUCAAGAAGCUUUACGCUAGAGACUCGAGUGCACUUGGACUGCCCUUAUUAACAGCAUCUUUUAAUUUGUAAUCUCGACUCAAACGGAGCAUUUACCAGUGAGACUAAAUCACCUUCAUCUUUCAGGGAACAAAUCAUUGCAUAUCCAGUUAUACUUGCUUCUAUUUAUUUUCAUUCAGAACAGAAAGUGGAUGCUUUAUCAUGUCAUAAUCUCAAGCAUCUCUGUCUAGCUACACCCAAAUGAAGAUGAAUGUUGCCCAGAUAAUAGAAGCCAAUUUAUGCUAAUAUAAUCACUAUUGUAAUCUUACCAGAAUGAUAACCCACUUUCUGAAGGUACUUUUAAACAAUCUGUUUUUUUUAAAUACCUAGCUACAGUAUAAGAGCACUGACAACCAUUCAAUAAAAUGGUUUAUUAUGCUGACAAAAAAAAAAAAAAAAAAAAAAACUUUUAAGGGCAGUUUUUACCAAGGAUUAUAACUGUAAUGAUAACUAUAAAUCAUUCUUUAUAACAAUAAUGACAUUGAGGAACAAUAUCAUUGGAAUUUUAAACAAAUUUUCAAGCUCAUGAAUUAUUAAAAAUAGUGACAGCCCUGCUGUUAUAAACACUGCUAUUAAGGACAUAUAGUUAUAGUUAUCCUUAUAUUUAUCAUUCUUGGUGUAAACAGGCCUUAACAUUAUUGACACUGGCUGUGUACAAAAUAUAAAAAGUAUAUAAACGGGUGUAAAUAUGUUCUGACAAAGCUUGGAUUCUAGUGAUUCUAUAUUAAAUGAUGCAGUUUUGACAUUUGAUCAUAAAUUGGUUUGAUUAUUUUUGAAAAUGAUAAUAAACAGAAAUGUAACUAAAGAGACAUUAUUGAAAAAUAUCAAUAAAGUGAUACACAAUUUUUUUUUACACUCACAAGUAUUGUAAAACAGAGUUUAUCUAUUAUUAAAUUACAUAAUCAUUGCAUAGUCACCUCAUUUCUACACCCUUGAUUCUUAACAUUGAAAAUAAUUCCAUUUAAAUUAUAAUUACUUUAUAAAUGUAAAGAAUGUGUUUUGAGAUACAUUUGCUGUUACACAUAAGAUUUCGAGUGAUAACAGUACUGAUGUUACUCAGCUGUCCUAUCAGAUUUACUUCCUAUACUCAAUAUACUGUACACUCUGUACUUUUUUUUUUUUUAGAGCUGAUUUACUUGGUAUGUUUCCAUAAACUUGGUUUGCAGAAAUGUUUAAGAAAGGAACAGGCCUAAAAAAAAAAUUUUUUCUAAUGUUUUUGAAAACGUUAGAUUUACCGUUGUUGCCAUUGUUUUGAUUAAUUGCAUUUUACAUUUUAUUAAUAUACAUUUUUGUUAUGAUGAACAGAUGAUAUGUGCUUGCACUUUUAGGUGUGUAUGAAACAGACAAUCAUUCUGUUCUUCUCUGACAAAUGGUACAUAAUUAAAAACCUGAACAGUGUGUCAUUAGUGCUUUAUGGGACAGUGUGUCAGUGUCUGACAGUACAUUUCCUGUAUGUGAAUCCAGUCUAAUGACAUGAAAAUCAGCAGCUAAAAUGCCAGUCACAUUGCAAAAUCACUGUGUUGCAAUCUCCCAAGAGGACCAAAUUUUUCCAAAUUUGCUUGGUCUUUGUCUUCCUGUCCAUUUCCUGUCUGUCUUUGACACUAAUCAGUUUUCUCCUUUUUUAUUCUUUUGUGUUGUUUAAUGAGUAGUUCCCUUGCUCAGAAAUAUCAAAUCUUUGUUUUUUGGGGAAAUAAAAUGAAUGAAAAAGCAACUAA